GAUUUUAGAAAUUCUGAUUUUUAUCUAAGUUUUAUACAUACAAGUAAAAUUAAAGUUGUUUUUAAAAAGGCAACCAUGUAGACACUAUGCUAUGUUGAACAAUGCAAAUUGGUAGUUGAGGAGUUAAAAAGGGGAAGUAUUCACUAAUGAAUUCCACCAGGAUUUUGUGGGCGUGGGUUUAGUGCGGGAGCAGUAUGUAAGGAUCUCAUUUACAAACAUUGCUGGGCUGCCCAGAAAAAAAGGACUAAAUACCUGUAAUUAACUAGACUAUAAUUCAGUUCUUCAUCACAUAGUCGCAGUAAAUGGAUCUUUUGCAGAAAACAACUGAAAGCAACAUGAAAUCUCAGCUUCUUGUUUUCUUAUCUCUCUUCUGUUUCUGGACUGUCAUCUCUGAGCAAAUGCCAAAAAGCAUAAAUACAGAAGAAGGUCUCCCAGAAGAUGUGCUGAGGAUGAUCGCUCAAGCAGACAUAAGAAGUAUCAAUGAUCUGGAAGACCUCCUGGGUAUUGAGGCCAAAGAUUCUCCUGGCUUCAAACCCAUGUAUAAAAUAGGUGUGCCAAUUAGGCUGGGGAGACACAAAGGUACUAAUGAACAGCUUGGACAAAAGGCAAGCAAUGAAGGACGCUCGCUCUCACCGCUUCACCUAGCAAUAACGCCAGAACCAUCACCACAGAGCCAACCAAGAUCAAAAAUAGCAGAAUAUUCAAAACCAGCUGGAUGCAAAACACGAAUAGUCACAGUAGAGGUUCCUCGAUACAAAGUGGACCCAACUUCAGUAGGCUUCCUUCUGUGGCCUUCGUGUGUAGAGAUAAAGCGCUGUUCUGGCUGUUGUAACACCAAAACCUAUCAAUGCAUUCCCGUCCACGCAUAUUACAAGCCUUUUCAGAUAGCAAAGGUGACUUAUCGAUAUGGUAGGAAUGAGCUCACCAUACACACUGUAUCAAUCAGAGAACAUGUAAGUUGUAACUGCACAGAGCUGGCAAGACAUCAACCAAGGUUCCCCCCAAAAUAUUAUCGACAAACAACUGACAACAACUGAUGUGUAAUCUCACAGCCAACACACAACACUAAAAGGACAGAGUUGACAAACAACUAAUAUAUUGCAUGCAUUAAGGAGGCAGUAUUCUCU